AUGUCAACGUUGUUGGACACCUCGGAUGGAAACGCGAAGGGGAUACGACCACAAACUCUCUUGGGAACAUCUGGCAUAGAAAGUAGUGGAGAAAAUGGUGGGACCUCUCGGGGAAAAUCUUCUGAUUCCAGCGGUGAAGAGGAAGCCAACACGGGUCAAAAGAAGCCUCGUAGGCAUCGGACCCAUUUCACCAGCCAGCAGCUGCAGGAACUGGAGGCUACGUUUCAGCGGAACCGCUACCCGGACAUGAGCACAAGGGAAGAGAUCGCAGGCUGGACCAAUCUGACCGAGCCAAGGAUAAGGGUUUGGUUCAAGAACCGACGUGCCAAGUGGCGGAAAAAGGAACGUCACCAACAGACGGAAGUUUGCAAAGGAACCUUUGGGUCGCAGCUGAAUGGGUUGACCGGGAACCCUUAUGAAGACCUUUACCCCAGCUAUGCAUAUAACACCUGGACUCCCAAGGGGCUACACAGCAGCCCUAUCCAUGGCAAAGGCUUCCAGCUCUUCAACUCCAUCAACCUCAACUCUUUUGCGCCCCAGAACGUGUUCCCCACAGCCGCCGGACCUUCUCUGCCUGGAGUUCCGUCUCUGGAAAAUUUCAACAGCCUGGCAAGUGCUCCAGGGCACUCAGGUUCCAUGUAUGGGCCCGUCGCGCCUUCGCCCUACAUGUACAGGGACCCCUGCACCUCAGGCCUGGCGGGAUUGAGACUCAGAGCAAAACAGCCACAAUCCGCUCUUGGUUACGGCGCUCCCCAAAAUGUCAGCCCUAACUCCAGCCAGUAUCCUCUGGACAGGCCAGUGUGA